AUGAAUGGUGAGUGUGGCGGCCCUAAGGGCUUGAUCGAGAAUUAUAAAGAGCUUGAAGGCUGUAGUAUUACCGUUAACGAGGCUCAGUCAAGAGACAUCAGUGGUGGUGGUGGUGGUCGUCGCCAUGGCGACAGUGGUGGUGGUCAUUACCGCAGCGGCGGCUGUAGUGGUGUUUACGGCACAACGAUAGUGGUAGAUAUGGAAGAAGCAUCAUGGAUUAAACACAAUGAGAAAAUAUUUUAUUUUUUAUUUUUAUGUUCUUUAAUUUAAUAAUGUAUUAUUUUACUUUUAUUUUAUAUAUUAUAAAAAAUUAUCCUAAAGAAUUUUUUUAAUUACA